CGUGCAGAAAUGUUUUGGUGUGUGCUUCUCCUGUCUGGCCUUGGGCUGAUUUGCGCUGAAGAACCCUUCAGCCACAAUGAUCACAAUGAGAGAGUCAUAGGAGGCAGCGAUGCUGAACAUGGAAUCUGGAAGUGGCAGAUCUCGCUCCAGUAUGGCAGCGACGACUGGUACAGCCACAUCUGUGGAGGCACUAUUGUCAGUAGUUACAUCGUCAUGACGGCAGCUCACUGUAUCCUCAGCAUGGAUCCCAGUCAGUACCGAGUGGUGACAGGUGAGUAUAACAUGCUUCAGGAUGACGGCAGCGAGCAGUACAGCCCUGUGACACAGAUUUAUGUCCACCCUUACUGGAAUGGAUACCUUGGCAAUGGGAAUGAUAUUGCACUCUUGAGACUGGCUGUUCCUGUGUAUCACAAUGGCUUCGUGGCCAUCGCUGAGCUUCCCCCUCCUAACCAGAUGCUCCCUCAAGAUUUCACCUGUUACAUCACUGGCUGGGGGUAUUAUGACAACAUGGGCAGCAGCCCUACCAUUCUUCAGGUGUCUCCCAUCAACAUAGUGGAGCACUCAGUCUGCUCCCGGCCUGACUGGUGGGGCAGCCUUGCUCUGAAAACCAUGGUGUGUGCUGGAGGCGACGGAGUGAUUUCAGGCUGCCAGGGCGACUCUGGCGGUCCCCUGAGCUGCUUCACUGACGGAGCCUGGAGGGUCCACGGUGUUGUCAGCUACGGUCCAGCUGGCUGGUGCAACCAGGUGACUAAACCCACCGUCUUCACCAGGGUCUCUUCCUUCAUUGACUGGAUUAAUUCAGUGCGUUCGUAGACAAUGCAGAGAUUUGUGCAAACUGUCAAAUAAAGCAUUCAGC